AUGUUUGGAUUUGGAAGUAAAUCAACAACAACAGCAGCACCAACAGUUACAGUAUCACCAGUGAUGACCAAGGAAGGAUCACCACUUACAGAGGAUACCAUCAGCGAUCUGUCAAGCGACGGUAUCGAGGGUGAAGGAAUCGAAUCAAACGAUGGUGGUGCAACAGAUAACACAAUCAUCGUAGACGACAACAGCUCAAGCGAUGGUGUAAUGAAACAAGCUUUCAGCUUCAUAAAGAAUCAUCUUAAGGUCGGUUCCGACAUGACAAAGAUGCCAAUACCCGCCACUUUUGUUGCACCAAUGUCUUUCUUGGUUGCAAUUCAACAACACUCUGCAAUAUUCACAAAUGUUUUAAUGGCUGCAAAUUCAAUUAAAGAUCCAGAACAAAGAUUCCUUCAAGUAUUAAGAUAUCAUAUGACAUGGCCAAAGAUGUUUUUCCCAAAGAAUCCAUUGAAUCCGAUUUUGGGUGAGAUUUACGAGUGUGAAGUCAAUCAUAUCGAUGAGAAGACAAAUCUGCCGGCAGAAGGAGAUAAGACUAAAUUCAUUGCCGAGCAAAUCUCUCAUCAUCCACCAAUCUCUGCUUUCCACUUUAGCAAUGAGAAGCACGGUAUCACAAUGGAGUCGAGACAACAGAUCACCCCAGUCUUCAAGGGCAAACACAUCCGUGCUCACAUGGACGUAAAGACAUGCACCACUUUGAAGAAUCACAACGAAACCUAUAUCAAUGACAAAUUCCCAGAUGGAUUCCUGCGUCUGCUUCGUUGGAAGUUUGAAUUCACCGGUAAAUACACAUUCCAAUGUCCAGAGUCUGGCUACAACGCCGUCAUCAACUUCAAAGACAAGCCAAUUCUCGGUGGAAAGUGGCACGACCUUCACAUCCUCGUAUCAAAGGGUAGCGAUGCACUCUACGAGAUCACCGGUACACACAUCGACAUUUUAAAUAUGACCAACCUCAAGGACAAGAGCACAUCGGUCUUCCUGAAUUACAACACCGUCCGUCAGGACACCAUCUCUGAGGAGCCACUCGAACAACUGAAAGAGAACAACUCUCUGAAGGUGUGGAAGGGUGUCGCCGACGCCUUUGCCAAGCGUGACGGAAGAAGAGCCGGUCUCGAGAAGCAAAAAAUCGAGGAAGCACAGAGAAGAAAAGCCAAGGCAGCACUUGCCCAAAAUCCAAACUACCAAUGGACACCAGUCCACUUUGAAACCUACACACCAGAGAAUCCUUUGAAGCCAGAGCAUCGUUAUAUCGGAUGUCCUGUCAAGAAUUAA